AUGCCGCGGUCAGUUGCCACGUCAGCUCCGCGCUUUCCCGCAUUUCUCUCCCGCCCUCCCCUCCCGCUCAUCAUCGGCGCGCUUUUCGCGCUGCUGCUCCUAGGGUUGUUCCUCUCUUCGCCGCCCACGCCGUCGCUACCGACAAGCGUUCCCGCCCAUGACAGGCUGGCGAACUUCCACCCUGUCAGCGAGGUAAAUGCACCCACCCCUGCUCUCUACAAACCGCAUCCCUCCCCUGCUUCUCACUCCCACCACGGCCAAUUCCCCUCCCUCCUGGUUCGGUGGGCUAUCAACAGGUGCGGCGAUGUGACAGAGAAGAAAUCCGGCCCGGCCCUCUCCCCCGUCCCCUCCCUUGCACCCGCCUUCUUCCCACGACUCACCUCAUUCCAACCAUUCCCACCGCUGCCCAUUCCACCCGCCUUUCUUCUCUCUCCCCUCCAGGUGCGGUGGGCCAUCAUCGGGUGUGGCGAUGUGACAGAGAAGAAGUCCGGCCCGGCGCUCGCCCUCAUCCCGUCGUCUCGCCUCGUGGCUGUCAUGCGCCGCAACGCCACCCUGGCUCAGGACUACGCCCAGCGCCACCACGUGCCCAGGUGGGGGUUGGCGCUCGCCCUCAUCCCCUCGUCUCACCUCGUGGCUGUCAUGCGCCGCAACGCCACCCUGGCUCAGGACUACGCGCAGCGCCACCACGUGCCCAGGUGGUCAACGAACGCAGAGGAGACAAUCAACGACGCCGAUGUGAACGCUGUGUACAUCGCCACUCCCCACCGAUACCACAAGCAAUAUGCCAUCAUGGCAGCGCGGGCAGGGAAGCCAGCCUACGUGGAGAAGCCAAUGGGAAUGAGCCACGUGGACAGCUCUGACAUCCUCGCUGCCUUCCAGCGCGCCAAGCUGCCUCUCUUUGUCGCCUACUACCGCCGCGCCCUGCCCAACUUCCUCAGGAUCAAGGCCCUAUUGGAAUCUGGGGCCAUAGGGGACGUCCUGUCCGUGCAGGUGGUAUACCACCGGCCACCCAACAAGUACGACUACCAGUGGGCACUCAGCGGAGUCCCGAGUCAGAAGGAGCUGCAGACGAUGCUGCAGCAACAGCAGCAGGAGAGAAGGGGAGGGAACGAGGAGGGGAGCGGAGCAAGGGAGCAACAGCAGAGGCAGUACCCGUACCGCCCGUUACCCCAGCACCACCCAGCAGGGGCGUCUCUGCACAACGCGACUCUCAAGUGGCGUGUGGACCCCCUGGUGGGCGGGCUUGGUGGGUACUUUCGGGACAAGGGCAGCCACCAGCUCGACCUGCUCGACUUCUGGUUCGGCCCUGUGGUGAGUGCGUGUGAGGAGGGGGAGUUGGGUGAGUGCGCCUUCGAGUCGACUCAAAACCCCUUCAGGGGCGUCUCUGCGCAACGCCUCUCUCAAGUGGCGUGUGGAUCUGCUGGUGGGGGUCCUGGGUGGUCGACUCUAGACCCGGCAGGGGCGUCUCUACAUAACGCCUCUCUCAAGUGGCAUGUGGACCCCCUGGUGGGCGGGCUGGGAGGGCAGCCACCAGCUGGACCUCCUGGACGUCUCGUUCGGCCUCGUGGUGAGUGA